GAGGGACCAGGGCUGGGCCGGGGCGCACUCCUCCGAGAGCAAGAGAGAGAAGCAGAGGCAGAGCGCAGGAGAGAGAGACACAGAGAGAGAGCGAAGCAGCGAGAAAGGCAAAGAGGCAGAGAGAGAAGCGCGCACCAGCCUCGCCAAGACCAAGGGAGCCUCUCCAAGCGCGCUCGCUCAUCGCAUCAGCUGUCAGUGCGAAGGCUCCUGGCUCUUCUCCGGCCCUGAUCCGCCUCUUGCCCUCUUCUCCUGCCUCCCUCGCAAGCAUCCUCGGCCCUUCGGAGAGGCGGGCAUGGACUGGCCACCAAGGGGGACCUCCUGGCGCUGAGGAAUCGCCGCCUGCCCGAGGAAGGCGGCCCCAAGGAAAGAGCCUGGCGUGGAGAGACCGCGGAAAGGUCGCCCGGAGCCCCGCAAAAGCAGGCAAAGGACCCCCGCCGCUCACCCUUCCAACCCGGGGUCCCUUCUCCUGCUUCUGCUCCAGUUUCGGACUCCUCAGGAUGAAUUUCUUCUCCUCCAUCUUCAGCUAUUUGGUACUGCACUUGUUUGCUUUCUGCUUGCAGGCACAGGUAACUGUUCAGUCCCCACCUAAUUUUACACAGCAUGUGAGGGAGCAGAGCCUGGUGACCGACCAGCUAAGCCGGCGACUCGUCCGCACCUAUCAGCUGUACAGUCGGACCAGUGGGAAGCAUGUGCAAAUUCUGGACAACAAGAAAAUCAAUGCCAUGGCCGAGGAUGGAGAUGCUCACGCCAAGCUCAUUGUGGAAACAGACACUUUUGGGAGCCGAGUGAGGAUCAAGGGGGCAGAGACCGGCUUCUAUAUCUGCAUGAACAAAAAGGGAAAACUGAUUGGCAAGAGCAAUGGGAAAGGCAAGGACUGCGUCUUCACAGAAAUAGUGCUGGAGAACAACUACACCGCGCUGCAGAACGCCAAGUAUGAAGGAUGGUACAUGGCCUUCACCCGGAAGGGGCGUCCCCGGAAGGGCUCCAAGACACGUCAGCAUCAGCGAGAGGUGCACUUCAUGAAGCGACUGCCCAAGGGCCACCAGACAACAGAGCCUCACAGACGCUUCGAAUUCCUCAACUACCCUUUCAACCGGAGGAGUAAAAGGACUCGGAACUCCAGCCCUAAGCCCAGCCCCUGACCUAAGACCACUCCCUGUUAGUGCCACUCAGGCCCACCUUCCUUUCCCUUUUGUUGGAGGACAUUGUGUAGAAAAGACUUAAAUGGUGGACACUGGCUAGAGACUGACCUUUGAUGAUAACUGAAGGGGUGGAUGGAAGAAGAGGGGAAGGGGAAACAAACUUGACCUAGUUGUUUAUAAUUGUUGUUUGUGUGUUUUUAAAAAAAACAAAAAAGAGGCUCUAUUUUUGUAUUCCAACCUUAUUGCUUUUUAAAGAAAAAGCAAUGUAAUGUUCAAAGACUCGUGGAGGGAUGUUCUUCACCUAGAAACAUUUUGAGUCCAUUAGGAGGGGGAGGCGUGUUUUAUAUUUUAAUAGAUUGGUUUCUUAACAUGGGGUGGGUGUGGGUAGGAGGUAGUUGAUCUAGGGAUAAACUUAGAAUAUGCCCUCUCCCUUCAUGUAACUGCAUUUGGGACCAAAUUUCUACCUCAGAUAAAACAAAUAAUUUAAGAGGAUUUGAUCCAUUAGGAGAUUUGUGCAACUUCCACUUAUUUCCAUGGGUCUGUGUAGGAGAUGUUGGUGAUAUUUACAGACUUCAGUUCUUGCUCAGACUCAGAUUUGAACACGUUCUUCUGAAACCAGUCAGACUUGCAGGCACAAACUAGGUGAGACCUAACAAUCACUGUCUUCAUUUUUUAAUAAGAGACAGAACGACUGCUACUACUGAGGUGGUACUAAGUUGAGGGCCAUUCAUUUUGCUUUGUUUGUCCUGUCAAUCAUGUCUCAUGUCUCCACAGGUCUGAAUCUAUUUUUUUAAUGACUGUAGACAUUUUUGUAUUAUUUGUGCUGACAAUAAAGUGCCACUGAGUUCAAA